AUGGCUACACAAAGUUCAGCACAGGCGUCCGGUAUAGAUGUACUGAUGCCCGUGGCUGGCCCGUACCGGAGGCCCGAAUUGCCGGUGCAGGUAGCUAACGGCUCCGGUGUUACGGUCGACACCCGAUCAGACCCGCCGACUCCGCGGCGGAGACAGCAGACUCUGCUGUCUCUCUGCUGCAGAGUGGUGUACGCUGGUCUGAGCUGGGACGCAAUCACGGGCACCAUGUCCGUCAACGUGGAGCGUCUGCCGGCACGAGCGCUGAUAGCAGCGCUCCGGGCGCUCUGGUCUAGACGUCACUUGAGUCAGGAGGAAGACGGCGACGAGGGCGUCCUAGUAGGACUCCUACAGACUGCGGCAAGCGCGGCCGCGGCUGAUUUAACGCGGCUGCGAGAGCCCUUGAGCUUCGGCGAGGAAGCUGCGAGCUGCGGUCGCCGCGCUGCCCACACCUACACCACCCCGGGCCCACGCCUCGCAUAUUCAAUUCUGCCACUACCCAGCACGCGCCACCCGCUGAACCGCCCGCGCUCGCAAUCGUCAUCCUUUCAGAUGUCGGCGUCGCCGCGCUUGCUUCAUCUCGACGCUGCAGCUGCUGCGGCUGUCCUCACUCACCUCCAGCGAGUCGCGUGCUGCAGCACGCGCUUCAGCUCGUCCUGA